CCGAUCCUUUUCCGGAGCCGGAAGGACGUGAAGCAGUAGGGCCUGUCAGGUGUGGAGUUGUCUGUUUGGGAACUCGCUCGCGACUUUCGUAAACCCUUCGGCGCGUGACGGUUAUACGUGUCGGAGAGCUCGCACCAUGCCCCACAGACGGAAGAAACCUUUCAUAGAAAAGAAAAAAGCUGUAACAUUUCAUUUAGUGCACAGAAGUCAGAAGGACCCUUUGACCGCUGAUGACAGCGCACCCCAGAGAGUUCUGUUGCCUGCAUUAAAGGGGGAUGAUGAAAAAAGAAGAGAAGAACAGCGGAAAUAUGGAGUAUUCUUUGAUGAUGAUUAUGACUACUUGCAACAUUUGAAGGAAGCUUCUGGAUCUUCUGAACUUGUUCCAUCAAGCUUACCAAAUCAAGGCAGGAUUGUAAUAUCUACAGAAGGUGGGGUAGAAGAGGAAAUUCAACACAUUCCAGCACCCACCAUUAAUCUCCCCUCCUCAGUGUUUGCAUCAGAAUUUGAAGAAGAUGUGGGGCUAUUAAAUAAAGCUGCUCCUGUUCCAGGGCCUAGACCGGACCUUGAUCCUGACAUUGUCGCAGCACUUGAUGACGACUUUGAUUUUGACAAUCCAGAUAAUCUGCUUGAAGAUGACUUCAUGUUAAGAGCUAAUAAACCUGGGAGCCUAGAACUGGAGAAAGAAGUCUCUUGGGAAUCUGAAGAUGAAGAUGCAUGGGAAGAUAUGGAGGAGGAGGAAGAUUUUCAGAAUGAUGAUGAAUAUGAUUCUGAAGGUCCUUUGUCAGAUGACAGUGAUUUUAAAGGGAAGAUGAAAGAAUUUCUCUUCAUGGAAGAAGAAACCAAGAGCCGUUUCACAGAGUAUUCCAUGACCUCUUUAGUAAUGAGAAGAAAUGAACAACUAACACUUCUGGAUGAAAGAUUUGAGAAGUUCUUCGAACAAUUUGAUGAUGAUGAAAUUGGUCCACUAGAUAAUGCCGAAUUAGAAGGUUUCAUUCAAAAUGACAGUACUCGAUUACAGGAGGUUUUGAAUGACUACUUCAGGGAGAAAGCAAAAGAUUGUGUGAAACUUGAUGGUAUUGAAGCCAAGAAAGAACCAGAGUUAUUCUUGAAUGAGGAAGAAGAUGAGAGUGAAGAGAUGGUAACUUUAAUUAUUGAAGAACCCAAAGAAAAAUGGGAUUGUGAAUCCAUUUUAAGUACUUACUCAAACUUAUACAAUCACCCAAAACUUAUUGAAGUGCCACAAAAGCUUAAAUCAAUUGAAGUGUCUAAGAAGACAGGAAUCCCUCUAGAUGUUUUGCCUCAGAGAGGACCUACAGCUAAACAGACUGAGCAUAUGCAAAGGAUUAAUGACUGUGACUUGCCAAGAGUAUCCACACAGCCACGUUCUAAGAAUGAGAGUAAGGAGGAUCGGAAAGCUAGAAAACAAGCUAUCAAAGAAGAGCGAAAAGAACGCAGGGUGGAAAAGAAAGCAAACAAAUUGGCCUUCAAGCAAGAGAAGACAAGACAAGAGAAAGAGCUGCUGAACUUGAAACAGAAUAUACAAGGGCUCAGGCUGACGUAAUGGAAGAACUGCUUCUUGUUAAGGACUGCAGCCGCUUCUGGUUGCUAACUGGAAAAAAUACUUCUAAUUUAACACAUCAGAAGUUUAAAAAUAAUGCAAUGAGUUGUUCUUAAAUGCAUAUCUAACCAUUUCCAGCGUUUACUUAUAUGUGAACGUUUUUUGGUUACUACAACAAUCAAAUCAGUGUAAUAUAUUUCUUCUACUGCAGAAGGGAUAAUAUAUAUUUAUUGACUUCAGUUGAAUUGAAAUUUCCACAGCGAUAAUAAAACACCUUUUCAAAUUC